AUGAGGAACAGCGUGUUUGACAUAACUAAGGCAGGCGACAACGAUAUAGUGCCAGCGCGGUUCUUUGACGAUCUCAGUGCCGUUACGGAGAAAUGUCUCAGCCGUGGUGCGAAUGACUUCAACGUGGGAAUGGAGCUAGCGGAUAGUUAUAUCGGAGCCGGCGUGGGUGCCACGGUGGACCCCGUAACGUCAGUGGCUGAGACAGGCAAUGGCAUUGUGGCCUGGUUUGUUGCAGUUGCCGCGGUGGUCAUUGGAUCCGCAUCGACGACAAACAGAAGUAGAACAACCGACGAUGCUGUGACUAAGUUGGGAACAAAGAGGACAGGGUUUGGAACGACGGGAGUUGGCGUCUUUGCGAGAGGCAGUGUCGGUGUCUUGGGCAAUGGCGGUGAGACCUGUGAUACUGCUACGGGUGUCAAGAUGGUGGUCACCGGUGAAUCUCGUCACUUUCGCGUAGAUGUCGUCAAUAGUGAGAUUGUCGAUGUCGCGUUCGAAAAUCUCAGAACAGAGGAGGUGAUAUUCAUUGCCAUGACUGUAUAA